AUGGUGUCAGAUUUCUUUAAAUUUCUUUGGAUGUUCAGUUUUCUCUCUCUAGGAAAUUUGCAAGAUCUUUCAGAAUGUGAAAUUCCAAAAUGCAAGAUUCAUAUUAGGACAAGGCCAUCGCCACCUGUCAUGGACCAACACACUGUUCCAAUGGAAACAAAGGUAACUGGUAUCAUUAUAGUUCGGGAUGACAAUUAUAACUACACUAGGUGCAUGGUGGAUACGGCUAGCUUUCUGGAUAAUUUUAGUUUCGAUGACAAUCCCGUCUACGCUGUUUUUGUACUUGCUUGUAAUAAAGAAGUGGAAGUGUAUUUCUCUGAGGAUAAUAGAUCUUACCUACCGAAUGUUAUGGCAUAUUUCCAAAUCACGUUAUGCCGAAUAACCCAGGAGCAGCUUCAGCCUUUCAGAAACAGAUUCAAAAUAUUUAUGUUAAAUCUAAUGGCAAACUACCCUCCACUUGAUUUCAGAUACUGCGACGGAACUCCUGUUAAUCUUAGCUACUGUGGAGUCUGGAAUACUCUUCAAGGAAUUUUCUGGGAGCCACAGCCUGCCACACUGACCGAUUCUGUAUCAGCAAUUCAAGAUUUGUUGUUUUGUAAUUUAACCUUUCCAGACAUCAAAGAAAUUCAACUCACAAAAGUUCCGAUGCAACAAUAUUUACCAUCAUUGUCGACUUUGUUUCCAAGACUGCAAGUUCUUAAUAUAAUUGACUCAGAUUUGACUGAGCCUCCUAAUUUUCCAUGGAGCGAUAUAUGGCUGACAUUAAGUAUCAACAUGUCGAGAAGGGAUCAAGCACAAAGCGACUAUGCUGGACAGUACAACAUUCAGUUGGCAAAUAACUAUCAUAUGAAAUCUAUGUCUCUGAGUAAAAACAAGAUUUCAAACCUCGGCAAUCAUAGCUUCAAAGGAUUUCUGCAUUUACUUGAUUUAUCAGAGAAUGGACUAGAAGAUAUCAAUGAAUUUACGUUUAGAAAUCUUCUUGGUUUCCAACAUCUUGAUCUAAGUGAAAAUAAAUUAAAAAUUAUUCCAAAGGAUACUUUUCAAGGUCUUACAGAGUUACGCCAUCUGGAUGUGAAAGAUAAUUUGAUUACAUAUCUCUCAAAUGAUCUCUUUUCUGAUAACACAAAGAUGGUGUACGUCGACUUUUCAAAAAACAAUAUAAAUACGAUUGAAAUUAAUACAUUUUCACACUUACAUUUUCUUAGGGAACUUCACUUGGAGGACAAUAAUAUUUCUGCUUUACAUCCACAAUAUUUUCCCAGUCAGUCGACUGAAUUUAAACAACUUUUUCUAGAUGGCAAUAAGUUUUUCGAUUUCCCAACAGCAGUAUUUGAUCUGCGACUACUGGAGAAAAUAAGUGUAAGAAAUUCAAAUAUAAGAUUUCAAAACUUCAGCCGAACCAUGCUGAAUCUAAAAUGGGAGUCAACACCGGAAGAUGGAAAUGAUCCACACAGUUCCUUGAAGAACUCAAAUUCGGAAACAAGACAGCAAACCGAUAUAGGUCACAAAGUCAUAUUAGACUUUACUGGAAACAAAAUUGAAAAUCUCCGCUUACCGUGGUACGACAUCAAAAGUUUCAAAGACAAAGAUACAGAAAAACUACACAAAAAUCUCUUGUUCUUCUUCCAAUCGUUUCAGAUUCUGCUGGUGAACAACCCUCUUCGUUGUGAUUGCGGAAUAAACCAAAUAUCUAAAGUAGUAAAUCAUUUCUUAAACGAGAAAUUGAUUGGAGAGGAUAUAUAUUUCAAUGCGUGGAAAUGUUUCUGGCCUUCUGAAUUUCAAAACCGUCCACUUUUAGAAAUAAAGGAGGAAGACACAUAUUGUGAGAAAAAUAUGUCCUUGUGUCCGACUAAUUGUACAUGCUAUAAACGAUCAGUAACUGAAAUAAAUAUUAUAGACUGUCGGGAUCGUGGUUACCGUUCUUUACCCGAAAAAUUGCCAUCUGGUACUUUAGAUCUUUGGUUUGACAAAAACAAUAUAACUUAUUUAAAUAGUAGAGAAUAUUUAAACAGGGUUAGAACAUUGAACCUUUCUAGUAAUAAUAUUGCAAAGAUAGACGUUGCUGUAUUCCAGCAAAUGAAAAAUAUUCGAGAACUCUUUUUGAAUUCCAACUUUCUUGUUUCUUUGCCUGCUGCUACUCAGGAAUAUUUUUCAGGAUCUAUUUAUCUAGAAGAUAAUCCAUUCAAAUGUGAUUGUAACACAAUGUGGUUAAAACAAUGGAUGACACAACGAGCAGAUAUAGUGGUCGACUCCCAGAAAGUUACGUGUAAUGUUGAUGAAAAAGACGGGGAAGGACAGAAAUUGAUUUUUGUACCAGAUAGUGAUUUUAUCUGUUUGGAGGACUUUGAUUCCUACAAUAAGGUCUUUAUUCCUACAGUUGUGUGCUCCGUUUUGCUGGUAGUACUGAUAGUAACCGUGUCCGUCUUAUACAUCUAUAGACUGGAAGUAAAAGUUCUGCUAUAUGUCUACCUUGGAUUUCAUCCCUUCGAUCAGGACAAAGAUUGUAAAGAAGUCAUUGACGUGUUAGUCGUACAUUCUCCUAAUAUAACGGACUGGGUCAUGGAAAAUAUUGUCGAGUAUUUGGAGUUCUGUAAUUCACAUUAUUUGGUUUGUGAAAUGAUGAGAGAUUUUGUUGCAGGGUUCUCAUAUCAGGAAAACAUUGCAACUUUAGUUAAACAUAGUAAAAGAAUAAUAAUAGUGCUAUCGAAAGAAAUACUGAAUGACGAUAUUUUAAAAAUUGCGUGGAACGAGACAAAAGAAAAAAUUAAAGCACAGAAGACCAAUUAUGCUAUUGUUGUUUCAUAUGUUGUAAAUCUAAAAGAAAUCCAAAGCAAAGAGUUAAAGCAAUAUGUGAAGGGAGGACGGCAUAUUGAUGCUUCGCUAAGCCUCUUUCAGGAAAAGCUCCUGUAUUGUAUGCCACAAUUGAAAGAUGAUGAAACAAGAAUCAAAAGUUUACCUGAUUUAAAAUAUCUAAUUCAGCACAUGUAUGGAAGUGAUAAUCUCAACGCCGAAAUGUAUGAACGUCAUGCUUUUGUAUCUUAUGGUGAGAGUAAAAUGGGUUAUGUAAUGAAUGAAUUGAGGCCUAUAUUGGAGGACAAUGGAUUUACACUUUGCCUCCCUGACAGGGACUUUAUUCCCGGGGCACCAAAGGAAGAAAACGUACUAAAAGCCAUCGACAACUGUCUUCAUACAAUUUUUCUCUUGUCUGGAGAACAGUUAGACAAUGAGUGGUCAAUAUUCACGUUCCGAUCUGCCAGUGAAAAGUCAAUGCGGGAGAAAUGCAACCAUUUAAUUGUUGUUCUUUUGGAUGACGUUAACUUGGAUACCAUGUGUGAAGAGGUUAAAACCUAUGUAAAUACUCAUGUGUCUCUAAGGGUUAACGAAAAAGGAUUUAUCAAACGGUUACUCAACGCUUUGCCUGACGCUGAAGAUCACGAACUUUACAUCAGAAAUGAUGAAAAUAAUUUUGUCAAUUUUGAAAACCUGCAGGAGAAGAUGGGAGAUAAUUUCACAGAAACUGCUCCUGAUAUCAUAGAACCCGAAGUGAGAAUGAAUGGGGAUGUGAACAGGAAUAAUGGAAAAAAAAAUGGUUAUGUUCAUCUAUCUGAUAUUCAUCUGGAUAAGUCUCUUUACUAUUAUAACAACAAAGCUUUUGAAGGAGACAGAACGGCUGUUACAGACAUAAACGAAAAGGAAAAUUAAGGGUGGAAAAUAUGUGCAGGAGAAAAUCAAAUCCAUUUCAGUUGAUUUGACAACUUUUUUUUAC